GAGCUUACAGGAUUAGAAUGUUCCACUAGCUGGACGGACGCUUUAAAUAGAUCAACCAGAUACUGUCAGCUCUCGAAAGCAGGAGAGAAAUCUACAUUUGACCAUCGGGAACACAGAUCUAUUCCUGAAGGCCUGAGAAAUGGCUGAUGUCAUCAAAAGCCUAAACCUCCUGGAGACCCUAAAAGAGUCCAUAGAGAACAAUAAAUUAUCAGAUGUCAAAGAUGCAGUGGAAGAUCUGCUGAUCAGCAGGAUCAAUUUAGGGAUUGUGGGGGAACGUGGGGUUGAAAAGGCCACAUUUCUAAAUGCCCUGCGUGGCCUUGGCCCUGAGGACGAGGGAGCAGCCCCGUUUCCAUCCCCUACGCCCCCAGAGGGAGUGGCAGGCUACCCCAACCCUAAACACCCUGACUUCCGCCUGUGGGAUCUGCCACCUGUCCCGACCACCUCUCCGUUUGAACCCCAGGGAUACAUGGACAGAGUUAAGUUCCUCCGCUAUAAUGCCGUUUUAAUGAUGUUCACGCAGAGCCCCCACCCAAACUGUGUGGAGUUGUUCUUGGAGGCCCGUUCAGUCCAGCGAGAAACAGUAUACUUUGUUCUCUUAGCUUCAGAAAAAGACACAGAAAAGAGUCUGGAGGCCAAAAAGAAAGCCAGUCUGGAGGUGCUGACAUCAGAGGGUGUGGCACGACCUAAAGUGUACAUGGUAAGACCCUCCACCUUGGAGAAGUUUGACUUCCCCAGUCUGUUGGAUGACAUGGCCAGCGACCUGCCAGAGGUGCGGGCCAACGCUCUCCUCCUAGCUCUGCCAAUACUCACCUUGAGCCUGGUCACUCAGAAAAAGGAUGCAUUCAAAGCACUGGUGUGGGCAGCCGCCUCGCUUUCUGGCGGGGUGUCAGCCAUCCCUGUUCCCCUGGUGGCCUCCAUGGUGGAUUCCAGUGUAGGAGUGCGGAUCCUGAACAAAGCACAGAUAUCACUGGGCCUGGAUGACGAGUCAGUUGAGAGGUUGGCCCGACAGCGGGGCGUAGAACCCAAAAAACUGAAAGAUCUGCGGACUUGUACCCUGUCAGUGGAGAUCACUAAGGGGGAAGUGAAAAAACGGCUGGUGUCUGCGGAAAAGGACUUGUCCUCUGUCUCAUCCCGGCUGGUGCAGAUGGCGAUGCCCCGAAAUGCCCGUUCUGCAGGCCGCUCCUUCACUGCUAUGCUGCAGGCCCUAAACGGGGCCAUCGAUGAGAUGGCAGCUGAUGCUGAGAAGAUAGUAGCUGCAGCAGUGGGGGAUGGGAAGUGAUAGUUUUGUUUGUGCAUGUUAUUUCCUCUGUUUGCCGUCAGUUCAGAUUUAUUUUUUCCCCCUUUGGGAUAGAAGACAUGUUUUAAAUAGUGAUCUAUGCAUCUUUUUGAUACAUUUUCACUUAAAAUUCUCCAAACUGAUGGUGAGUAAGCUGCAGCAUGCUUGUUCAAAGUCUUUGCCUACGAAUGCUGUGCAGUAGCUUACACUUUCACAAAAGCACUGAAUAGAGGAAGUGAGAUUUCGCUAACAUCAUGCCUACAGUGAGGUGCACACCGAUGAUAAAAAUAUAGUGGGCUCCGGUAUCUGGUUUGCCUAAUUUUACAUGCAAAAUUCUUGUGGGUCUUGUGAUUUUGAGUCUAUGGACAUCGCUUUUCAGUCGCACAUGAGGAUGGAUGAUGUGUGCUGCAGACUGCUGUAAGAUCCACUGAGGUAGGAAUGAGAUGAUUUGUAAAUUAUGCCUCAGUCUAAACUGUUACUGUUGUUGUCACUGCUUUUAGAAAGAAAAAACUAAUGUAAAUAUACAUAUAUAUGUACAGGUGUUAUGCUCUUAUGUUAAACACGAAAAAUGUCAGGUUUUAUGUGUAUUUGUGGAAAUUUUAAAAAUACUGGAUGUUUUUUUUUUUUUCUCCUUUUUGGACAAAGCAAUAUUUUGCUAAUAAAAAGACUAAAGGAAUAGAAUAAAUGCAAUAUACUGU